GAGAAAAACCAAAACAAAAACAAUAAAAACAAAAGCAAAAACACAAAGCGCCCACAAAGAGAGAGAGAGAAAACAAAAGUGUUUUCGUUAUGUAGUUCGAAAAUUAAGAAGAAAAGAGGAAAAUAACUGUUUUGGUUUUCUGUUUUUGAUUCCUCAGAACUCUGUUUUCCUCUAGCCAUCACCAUCAUUGUCCACUUGUACAAAGCCUUCUUUUACUGAGUUUUUCUUUUUUAAUCUUCUCUAAUUCACUUUCUCUGUUAGUUUGGCCAUUGGGGUUCGUGUUUACCUCUUAAAGUUCAUGUCCUGAGUGGGUCUAACUCCCAAAAAUCUGAACUUUUCUUCGGUGAUCUCUGUUUUUCCUCUGUUCCUCUUCUGGGUUUUUUAAGGUUUGAGAUUCACAAUGACUGUUGAGAACAGAAUGGGUUAUUCAACUGGUGAAGAUGGAGGUGAAGAUAGGUUUCCUAUUGGUAUGCGUGUUCUUGCUGUUGACGAUGACCCUAUUUGCCUCAAAGUCAUUGAGACUCUCUUGCAAAAAUGCCAGUACCAAGUUACUACCACCAAUCAGGCAGUCACAGCCCUAAAAAUGUUGAGAGAAAACAGAAACAAGUAUGAUUUGGUUAUCAGUGAUGUUAAUAUGCCAGACAUGGAUGGCUUUAAGCUUCUUGAGCUUGUGGGGCUUGAGAUGGACCUACCUGUCAUUAUGUUGUCAGCACAUAGUGAUACCAAGCUUGUGAUGAAGGGUAUUAGUCAUGGUGCUGUUGACUAUUUGUUGAAACCAGUUCGAAUUGAGGAGUUGAAGAACAUAUGGCAGCACGUGGUUCGGAAAAAGAAAUUUGACCCCAAGAACCAAAGCAAGUCAGCUAACCAAGAGAAUGCUCGUGCUGCAAUGGGAGAAAAUGGACAAGUGGCUGCAUCUACUGGUGAUUCUGAUCAGAAUGGAAAGUCCAACAGGAAACGGAAGGACCAGGAUGAUGACGAGGAUGAAGAAGAUGAUGAUGAGGGAAAUGAGAAUGAGGAGUCUUCAACCCAGAAGAAGCCUCGCGUUGUUUGGUCUGUGGAGCUGCAUAAGAAGUUUGUCGCAGCAGUUAAUCAAUUGGGACUUGACAAGGCUGUUCCAAAGAAAAUUCUUGAUAUGAUGAAUGUGGAAGGGCUAACUCGAGAAAAUGUGGCAAGCCAUCUGCAGAAAUAUAGGCUCUACCUAAAAAGAAUUAGUAAUGUAGCAACUGAGCAGGCUAACAUGGCUGCUGCAUUUGGGCGUAAAGAGUUUACUUAUUUGCGUAUGGGGGCACUGGAUGGAUAUGCUGAUUUUCGCUUGGGUGGUUCAGGCAGGAAUUCAAGUACUACAAUAUCAUCAUAUCAGCCAGGUGGCAUGCUCAAUAGAUUGAACUCCACGACUGGUUCAACUGUACGUGGGAUUACUUCUUCCGGCAUUAUACAACCAAGUCAUUCCCAAAUCUUGAACAACUCCUUUUAUUCUCUUGGGAAGAUCCAGCAAUCAAUCUUGCCGACAAACCAAAGUGCAAAUACUUUUCAAGGAGUACAGACAUCAAUGGAGCUCAUCCAGCUACCACAAAGCAAGUCAACUACCGUCAUUGGAGAAUCUAAUCACGUUAGUUAUCCAACAGCUUUUCCGACUUCAACUAGCUUUGCUGAUGCUAGAGUGACUCUUGGUGGCUCAAGCAGCUGUACGACCAUUGCCUCCGGAAACUCUUUUAUGCUACAAGCAGGCUCACAACCUGCACAGAUGAGAGGAGCUUUUGGAAGUCAAUCUUCUUUCAGCGUACCUUCAGUGAAUCAAGAUUCUUUUAACGUUGGUGUCCAUGGUUCAUCUAAUAUUCUGGAUCAUAACAGAUGUGAUGAAAGCUGGCAGGGUGGAGCUCAAUUAUCAAAAUUUCCCUCAAAUUCUUUGCCGAGGAGUGAACCCUUUGGCCAUGAUCAAAUUCAUUCUAACAGUUUGAAUGGCAAUUUAUCAUCAACCAUCAGUCAAAUCACUAAUAACCCUGUGGAUCUUUCAUCUUCAAUUACUGCUUCAAUGCAUCUGGAUGACUCUAGAGGAGGUGUUCAAUGCCAAACUGGCCUGAUUGAUAAUGUUGUUCAGAAUAUCAACUACAACCACAACGUAAAUAAUUCAAUCAGCCCUGGAAAUUCCUUAGCUUAUGUUAAUUGUGGUAUGGGCCCCCUUAGCCAGAGUUUGGAUCAAAGUAUUCCUUACAUUGCUCAGCAAAAUGGAGUUGAAAAAUCUCCUUUUGACCCAAAACUGAGGUCAAACGAGGACUACCUCUUUGAGCAAAGCAAGUCACAGGACGUUUUCAUUCAAAAUAACUAUGAGUCCUUGGAUGAUAUAAUGAGUGGAAUAAUAAAACGGGAACAAAAUGACACGUUGAUAAUGGAUGGAGAACUGGGAUUUGAUGCUUUUUGAUGCUUACUCGCUCGGGUCCUGCAUGUGAAAUUUGUUAAAGCUGAUUCUUAAGGAGGAAAAAGGUGACACAACAUAAGUUUAGUUGUGAUUUGAGCAGCUUGUAAUCAUGUAAUUCAUCAUGGUUAACAUAUUUUCUUCUUUUUUAGUUUUCAUUUUUGUUUGCACAUUCAAUUUCUGGUUGCAGUUGAUGACAGCUCUGUUCUUUACUUUCAAUUCUUUCUCUUGCUUACACCUGCAGUAGAAGUAAUGGCUUGAGAAAAUUUCAGCUUCAGAGUUUUCCUUUCUUUUUCUUGUUUUCUUGUGUUUUUUAUUUCAAAGUAGUUCAAGUUGCACAAGCAAUGUUGAAUAUUAGUUUGUUACAUAAUCACAUUCAAUUUGUUUAUGAAUAAACAUGAGUAGUAGUUUAAGAUUAUUUCAUUUGAUGCA